AUGAUUUUUUUUUUUUUGAAAAAGUCAAGUUCGAUUUAGAAGAAUCCCUGUCCCUUGACUGAAAUUAUGCCCACUGUGCCCCGGCGGAGGAGUAGGAAGCUGAUAAAUAAAGACCGCGGUGCAGAACCGUCUAAACCGCGCUCGCUAUCAGCGCCCAGAAUCGCGACGUACUUGGCCUUAAUACGGACUGCGAAACUCUGGGCUGCCAUCGCCAUCGAUGGCUGGCAGGGCGUUCAUUUCCACUUGGUGCGUCGCCAGUUGCACAGCUCGGAGCAGCAGAUAGAUUCGCCCACUCGAUUCCCACUCGAUCAUAAAGCACUAAUGUUGGGCCGACUCUUUAUUCUUCCAGUUCUGGUGCUGCUAUGGAGCGGCUGCUUGGCCCAGUUGCAGGUCCAGGCGCAAAGUGGCUACAACUACGGGCGACCCGAGGGGGGAGCCACCGCCGGAGGUCGACUGGCCACCGGUCCGUAUCCCACGUCGGCGGCCAUUGCCCUGACCCCCGCCCCCGCCCCGGCCACCACUGCGUACGGAGCGGGACUGUUUCCUUCGCCCGCCGUCGGAUUCACGCCCAGUGGCCAGGCGACCACUGCCUUCGGAGCACCGGCCAUUGUGGGGGCCAGCAGUCCGGUGGUUCAGCCGCGAAGGCCUUCGCCCGGCGGAAUAGCCACCUCAGCGUCCCGCAGCGGACCCUACGGACCGCAGACGCCGCCGUACGGAAGCACUGCGGCAGGUGGCUCCGCCAUUCGGGUUCCGAGUGGCGCCGCAGAUAGCGGCGACUACAGUGAUGCGGAGGGCGACUACUCGGCCAUUCCGGGUGUGGCCGGAGUGGAUUACCCCGUGUACGCCCAAGUGCCGCGCACCAACUUCGACUGCUCGCAACAGCCCCUGCCCGGUUACUAUGCGGACAUCGAGGCCCAGUGCCAGGUGUUCCACAUCUGCGCCCUCAACCGCACCUACUCCUUCCUAUGUCCCAACGGCACGGUCUUCAGCCAGGAGACGCUGGUCUGCGUGUGGUGGAACCAGUACGACUGCGUGUCGGCACCCAGCCUGUACGCCAACAACGCCUACAUCUACGACUACUCCGGCGGAGGUAGUGGCCAGUCCAGUGCCAACAAUGCCUAUCGUCCGGCCGCCGCAGCUUCCACCACUGCCUUCGGAGCUCCUGUGGCCACGAGCGGAGUGACCCUUCGGGCCACCGCAGUGCCCCAGGCGGCUGGCUACAACUCCGGCCGGGGCUCCUAUCCCUCGGCCACGCCCACACCAGCCGCCCAGAGCCAGGGUCCGUAUGGCGCCGGAGCCGUCCUGCGGCCCGCCAUCGUCCCGAGCUCCGGAGUCAACCGAUUGCCGCCGAGCGGAGCUGCCGUCGGACUCCUGGCCACCGCUGCCGGCGCUCUUCCCGAGAACGCGGUAUCCGGCUUCGGCCAGCAGCCGCAGGCCCAGCUGGUGGCCGGCGGAAACCGAGAGUAUCUGCCGCCGGCCGGCGUUGGACAGCAAAGGCAGCGCGGAGGACCCACCGCAUAGGCGAUCGAUCCCCACAGGCACUUGUACCCGGUUAUAUGGCAUUAGACUUAGCGACCCUAGGCUUAGUCUCCUCUUAGAAUGUUUGGAGCUCCAAAUAUACAUAGAUCCUUACGAAUAGUUUUAAAACCCAUUCAUUGAAAUAUACUACAAGAAAUCGUUUACAAAGGAA